AAUCUUUACUGUCCACCAGGGUGGACAUUUUUGAAAUGAUGUGGUGGAAAUGAUCUGAUAACAUGUUUGUACUUUAAUGUAUUUUAAAUACACAUUUCAUUUAAAAAACAAAACUCCUCUUUUGAAAAGUCUAUUGGCUAUUGAAAAUUAUGAGAUUUGUAAACCGCAGGAUAAAUGAAUGAAUUGUUGAGUGUCUUCUCUCUCCAGUACAGCAGGAGGCGCUCUGCAGCUCUUUAGUCCGCCGAAUCAACCCACUAAAGAAAGAAAGAAAGAGCUCGCGUGUGAUGUGUUUGUGUAUCCUCAGUGUUUUUCUCUCUUGAGUGUUUUAUUGAGUGUUAACAGAGUCUUGUCUCUGUGUAUUUUAGUGUUGAUGAUGGAUGUGAUGUGCUGUAAAUCAGUAGGAACUGAUCUGUCCAUGCUGGAUAUUGAUGAUUUCAUCACAGAAAUCUCUCAGCUGAAGAAAGAGGUGGCGUUACUGGAGACAAAGCUGAGGUUAAGAGGAGAUGAAGGACUGAAGAGAGAGGAUGUGGUUUGUUGUGAAUCUUCAGGGUAUGUGACUGUUUGGAAUUCCAGUGAAUGUCUGGAUUCAGUGUGGACCAGCAGAGAUGAGAGCCGCACACCACAGCCACUGCUGGACUUUAAACUAUCUGAAGAGAAAUCCAGACAAACACAAGACGCUCAGGACACUACAGUGUGUGACAGUAAUCAGGGCUUACAGGAUGAGGAAUCUACUGAUCAAACCUCCACAGAGUCUCUGGAUUCUGUCUGGAACGCUGGAGAACAGCAGCAGAUCCUGCAGACCAAACUCAAGAUGUGUUCAGUCAAAAUGGAGGACAGUGCGAACCAAACGGAGAUUAAAACAGAAAAGAUAGAAGAGAAAGAUAACACUGAUGAUGAUGAAUUAAUUCCUUCAGAUAAGAUCAAUGAUUCGUGUUUGGGUGAAGGAAUAACAUCCUUGACAUCAACUCUUAUCUGCAUCACCUGUGGAAAGACAUUGAGCUCACAGAAACAUUUAAAGAGACAUUUAGAGAGAAAACACACAGAACAGAAACUCUUCACCUGCAGGAGAUGUAAGAUCAGCUUUCCUACCUUAAAAGAGCAUAGACAUCAUUAUUUAAAAGUGCACAGAGAACAGAAGAAGCUGUUUCACUGUCAGCAGUGUGGCAGGGAUUUUGUCUUCUUAUGUCAUCUAAAAGUUCACAUGAAGACACACAGUGAUGAAAAGGCUUUCCACUGCACUGAAUGUGGCAAAUAUUUAAGAACCAAAGCAUCUCUUGUUGUUCAUAAGAGAAUUCACACAGGAGAAAAACCAUACGAGUGUCCUCAAUGUAAGAAGAGAUUUUGCCAAAUAGAACAUCUGAAGAAACAUGCGCUUAGACACACCAAUGAGAGACCGUAUCAGUGCAGUGAAUGUGGAAAAACAUACAAGGGUUCAGAUUCUUUAAAAUUACACCAGAUGAUUCACUCUGGAGAGAAACCCUAUCAAUGUUCACACUGUGAUAAACGUUACUGUCUGAAAUAUCAGCUGAAAGUUCAUCAGAGAGUUCACACUGGAGAGAAACCUUACGUCUGCUCGAUUUGUGGAAAGAGCUUCUCACAUAACAGUGCCAUCAGAGUUCAUGAGAGAGUUCACACUGGAGAAAAACCUUAUCACUGUAAUGUCUGUGGGAAGAGCUUCUCUGGUCUAUCUCAUUUCAAAGCCCAUCAGAGAGUUCACACUGGAGAGAAACCUCAUCACUGUAAUGUUUGUGGGAAGAGUUUCAGUAGGAGUAGCCUUUUAGUAAAUCAUCAGAGAACUCAUACAAGUGGAGAAACCUUUCAAAUGCUUUCAGUGUGAGGAGACGUUUACCGAGUCAUGUCGGGAAUUAGAACUUUCUGUAGAUUACAGUGGACUUCUAACAGAUAUGCUACAUUCACAAAGAAUCUGAAUCAUUUAAAAAAUGUCACGGCGCAAGUUGCACAAUGGUCUCACUCUUGACAACAAAAUUCAACGUUGAAGUGUAACAAUAAACUAAGCAAACUUCACUCAGUGUUGAAACACACCUUUUACCUUAAACAUGUAAACCCCUAAUCAAUGUGAACCAGGCCUCAACGAAUCCAAUAGCCUCUGAUUGCCAGCUGUGAAGCCAAAAUCAUGAUGCGUUUGGGCUGUCAGGCCUAUAGCGUGGCAGUGCUUCAGUAAACCUCACCUUUAAUACGCUUAUCUGGUAGUGUUGUAGUUCUUGGUCUCGUCUUGGAAUCGACCGCUUUUUUUCUCCGUCUCAGACAAAGAGGACUCGGAAUUUUAUUUCAAGACUGGUUAAGACCACAACUGAUGGCACAUCAAGAAUUUAUGUUUUAUCAUUAAUUUUAUGCCGUUUAUUCAGGUCUGGCAUAUGAUGUUGGCAUUGUUUAAGUUUCUCCUAAUUACAUUUUUUCUAAUUUAUUUCUAUGGAUGGCAAGCCAUGGAAAGACAGAGAUGCCUUUGAUUAUUUUAUCAAAUUCUCUGAUGGCGUACACACACACAGACAAGAAGUGCCUAAUCAUAUGCAUAUUAAACAUUUUAUCAUAAGCGGCAGUUGCUACACAGAUCCAUAUUUCACAGAGAAGCUAGAUUGUGUUCGUAAUCAAGGAAAAUCUACUCAGAUAAUCUAUGCAAUUUUGCCUAGCUUCUUGGUGAGCUACAGCUCUGUGUAGUAAAUGCCGCUCCAUCUGAAAGCAGCUGAUGGCGAUUUACUACUAAUCAAGGAACCAGCAUUACUGAUGAAACGCACAUGAGAAUCGCAGGUGAUUUUUUUUUUUUGCACAGCCCUAAAUCUGACAGUAGACAGAAGUUAGACCGUAGCAUCAUACAGCAAACAUAAUGGAGAAAACAAGGCGACUGUUUGCACGAUGAAAGCCAAGAGAAGAUGGAGAUGUUUGUUCCAUCCGCUGUGUUAUUCUAGAAGUUUGUGUUUGCUGCACACGGGCAAUCUCGCGACGAGACAAUAUCAGAUCAAUAAGCAAUAGUUAACCUUACUGAGUGAUUACCACAAAUAAACGUUUAUCUUCCUAAACCAGUAUUUUAAAGAACAUAAGUCCUAGUUUUAGAUUUACCGUAGUUCAGUGUCACAUGAAACAAAAGGUAAAUUGUCAAAUAGCUAUUUCAGUAAUGUGCCAAUCAAUUUAGUUUUGUCUAUAAAGAAGAACUGUCUGAUAGCUGAAAUGAAUAUCACUUUAUUUACAUAGUUUUUUUAAAGACUUAGAUUUCUAUGUGGUUACUUUUAAGAUGAUUAUAUUUCCCCUUUUGUUGUAUCUUAGCAUUUCUGCAUGCGUUUCAUCAGGAUGUGAUCCUUUUUAAGCAGUCAUUUUCAAUAUAGUAAACUGACAAGCAGCCUAUAAUAGCGAGGUACUUUUUUUACAUAUGAAGUUUUUAUCAAGUGUAUUACAACAUCUCCUGCUGUCUGAUUUCAACAUCCAGCUCCUGUUUACAAAAUUUAGGUUUUAAUGGGAAUUCUAUCGGUUUUAAAGGUCACGUUCUUUCUGAUCACAUUUUUUUUAAACCCUAGUUAGUGUGUAAUGUUGCUAUAAUAGCAUAAAUAAUACCUGUAAAAUGAUAAAUCUCAAAGUUCACUGCCAGGCGAUAUAUUUUCUUUAAUAGAAUUCCUCUUUCAAAGCCUACAGCGAGCGGUCGGUUUGGAAUACAGCCCUCUACUUUCUGCUUAAAUGAAAUGACGUCACUAAAACUCCACCCACAGGAAUUUUUAUAUUUUACUAUACAGUUGGUCUAUUAGCUGGUUUAUUUCUGCAUCAAAUUAUUUUUACUGAACAUGGAUUUGAUCUAAUUAAUAUUCAACAGACCAACAUAAUAAGAGAGGCACAAAUUAAGCUAAAACAAAUAUAAUAAGACAUCAUGACAACCUUUAAAGGUGGUUUUAAACAUUAACUAAUUUUUUACAUAUAAUGGAUUUCUUUAUGCAGUUAAUUAAUAAACAAUCGGUAUCGGCCUUUCUCGUGCUAUUGCCGAUAUGCCGAUGGUUUCAAAUGCAUCAAAAAUCAGCCGAUACAUAUCGGCGGCCGAUACAUCGGUGCAUCACUAAUUAUUUGCUUUCUUCUAUUGGUGGAAUGUAUUGUGUAUUGCAGGGGUCGGUCCUGGAAUGCCGAUGUCUUGCAGUUUUUAGCUCCCACCCUGAUAAAACCUUGGCUACAUGUAGGUUUCAGGUGACUUCUUAGACCUUGAUUAGCUUGUUCAGGUGUGCUUGAUUAGAGCAGGAGCUAAACUCUGCAGAACAUCGGCACUCCAGGACACCUCCGGGAAACUUAUGGUGGUAUGGUAUCUACUGGACACCAAUAGGAACCAUUAUGACUCCAAUAAAUGUAGUGCUUUCUUUGGAAAACUAAUGUCCUACUGGGUACUGCUGAAUAAACAAUAGAAACCAUUACAGAAUUUGUAUAUUAAUGGUUAAACAUGGAAUUUUUUUGUUGGUUUUAAUGGACACUGUGGUGGUCCCUGUGGGUCUCCAUUGGUAACUGUGGUGAAUGGUAAACUGUUGCAAUAAAAUAAAUGUUUUAUGACAUUGUAAUUUGUGAAUCAUUCAGUAAAAAGCUGUAAAAUUUUAUGAAACUUUUAUGAAAAUACUAAUAAAUUUAACCAAAGUAAUUGGUAGAGUUCAAAAUAUAAUAGAUGGUUUAUUUGCAUGUGUCUAUG